AUGACAAUUACUCCAAUUCCAGCGUCUUCACGACAAGCUAUUCUGGAAGGAUUCGUAGAAUACCGAUGGCAGCCUUUACAUCCUCUCAGUCAGACUCGAAAAAGAGCACGAGUUUCAACCACCUCUGCCACAUCGCGCCAAGAAGUCGACCAUGAUGGAAACAUGGACUGUCCACAAGCAGGAUUCUAUCUUGUUGUCAAGUCGCCAUCACCAUCAUCCAAGAUUGAGUAUCUAUUGUCGGUUCCGGCCAAUCUACUGAAGAGUGUGUGUGAUGCUGCAAGAUUCCGAAUCGCCCUUCGAGUAACCAGAUAUCAUGUCAUUUCCCUGCUAGCUCCAACGGAAGUUCCGCCAAGCGAAAUACAUGUAAGCGACACUUCAUCAGACCUCUCGCGCAAGCGAAAAGCCUCCUCUCAAUCAGCAGUGGAAGCAACAGUGGCUGCUGCCUUGCUGGAAGUCUACGAGGAUGGACUACAAUUAGUAGCAGCAAUGCCACCCUGUCCAAAAACCCACGACGAUGAAUUCUUGUCCUUGAAACAGGUCUUCUCCCAGGAAAGGACCAAGGACGUCACGAAGGAAACUUCAAAAGGUGAAAAAAAGAAACGAAAAAACAAUCGCUACAACUUGACGAGCCUGGUAGUCGAUUCCAUUUCACCCAUUAUUUACAUGGACAACAAUACUACAGCAUCAGAACCAUUUGCCCUGAUGGAACUAUACGAUGAUGAUGACAGCGAAGCAGACCAAGUCUACAGUUGUGUCGUUGUCUUUCAGGGCAGUGCCAGUCUCGUUGCUCACCAAGGAAUCCUACCAGGAGACCGCAUUCAACUGUGGCAAGUCAAGCGACAGCGAUGGAAAAUUCCAGAGGAAGUAGUGCGACGAAAGGCAGCUCUACAUUUGAAACAUCGAGUUCCAUCUCAUGUUUUUGUCGUUCAAAACGCCAACAGUAUCAUUUGGGAUAAUAACAACAGCAAUCAACCAACAACAAUCAUUCCAUCGACUCCAGUCCCUUUGGUGUCACUGCAAGGACAUAUAGUAUCCCGGGCAACGGCCAGCAGAGGUGACUCGCAGACUGCUACUGCAACAACAUACAUUCAUUCCCUCGAACUAAAUGUCAAUGUGACGACACAACCCCAACCGCCAGGAACACGACAUGUGCUAUUGCUUCUAUACUAUCCCAUGUCACCCUCCAUGAUGUUAAGCUUGCGGCGAGGGGCUAUCAUACAGGCACUCAACAUUCAUCCUAUUGUCUCUCUGGCAGAGUGUCCAGAAGAAGAAGCAUCUACUUCCAAGACCAUGUAUUACGGGGCUUGUGUUCGGUCCACGGUCGCCCUCCUCCAGCUGCCACCCCCAGAAUCCACCACGACGGCAUCCUCCAAUCAACAGCAGUGCUUCCCAUCAAGGCCAUAUGCAUUUCUGUCGGUACAGCGCUCGUAUUGGGAAUAUGCCUGUCGCCAACAAUUGUACAAAUGGUAUCAUGCCAAAGGCAACUUUCAAUCCACGCUGAUGCGAUCGAACCAUGACGGCUCUUUCGCUGACCCACCACCAACAACUUUUGACGAAAUUGCCAAGGUAUGGUGGAAUCAACAUUGUCGAAUAAAAGACGGGACACGGGCGACGAAGACAAGUACACGGAAUCCAUACUUGGAGUUCUUUGAUCACGUCUGCGACGACAGUAUUGGGGAUCACGAUUCCACCAACAGAGAUGACGACACUGUGGAGGAGGCUCCACAUAUUGGUACUACUAUGCCUCGUCGUGAUGGAUGUCAUUGCUCACGGCUGAAGCACGGGCACACGCAGCCAUUGCCCUGUUGGGUUGCGCUUCAUGAUCUGAGAAAAGAGGGGCACCGGGUCAUGCAGGAGAGGCUUCAGAAUACGAUCCAAUACUGCAGCACAGAAAAGGAGCACCACCAAAAGCCACAGGUUGGGUGGACUGGCUCUAUUCACCUGACGCCAUCACAGCUCUUGGGUGGCAUUGAUCGACAUGGCAACAGCACUGGCAAGGAAGAUGUGAACGGAUGGGGCUCGUGUGAGAUUUUCACAGGGGGGUUUGUUUCCAAUGGUAGCUACUUGCAAGACAGUGGGGAAAACGGGAAAUGCCUUGCGUCGGCGUCACUGGCAAAUGACAAGUGUGUGCUCCCCGCAACGAUGAUUCGAGACACUCCGUUCGCGGAGAGGCGACAGAACCCUGUCAGUUCGAACGGACAGUCUGCUGCUUUUGCGGUUGGAAAGCUUCACGACGUAGUGGUGUCUUGUUUAUGCGUGGGGAUUCAUACACAAACGAUAGAUGGGAACCAAGCCAGUGAAAACGAUAAUGGACAGUCCAACGAUUCGACGGAACAGCCCCAAGACAGGAUGCGUCAUUUGGCACCUCACAGUGACUUUGCUCCAAAGAAUAGGAACAACAACGGCGUUGCCAACUCCCCUACAUCAGCUUUGGCGGGCGCUUGUACCAUGUGGUGUACGCAAGGGUUCGUUUUCGUCAUCUCAUCGCAAUGCGUAUUCGAAACAUUGGUGCAGGUAAACGACAAUCAGCCUAGGAUUAACUUGUCGUCAGGAGAAACAUGCUCCCAAGCAACUGUGAAGACGUCAAAUGGCCAAUGUUGCGUUCCAGAAGAAGCGCAGAAGCAAAGCCCGAUGUAUUGCAGUGUCCAGCAAAGUUUGGAGCCCGGUGGACAUCUUAUUGGAGACAAUGAGAGUGCGGCUAUUCUGGGCAUCCAUGUGCGAAACAGGUUUCGACUUUCUAGGAUAAGGGACAAUCGAUACCAAGGCUUUGUCCUGACUUUGUCUCACUUACCCGUUUCUCAGAGUGUGGAGAUAGGGGGAUUUGGGCAUCGAGACUCGACGUUGCAGUCCAUUGAAGUGAAAGCUACGGUUGAAUUCAAAGACUUGAACAGCAAACGAUCGUAUCUGACGAGGGAAAUGAUGUGCAUGCUACAAUCCACCAGACAGUUUAGUAUGGGUGACGCAACGAUGUUGGCGUUGCCUUGGUGGCAGAUUGCGGACAGCCCAGAGGUUUGCGUCUUGACUUCCAGUGGAUGGGACGAUGUGCUGCAUCCGCAGCCCACCGCCCUGAUGACGAAUCCAGUCAUGGUGGAGCUCUCGGUCGAUGCUCUCAAAGAGCCCGAUGCCCGCGGGUACCAGCGUUUUGGAUGCUCCAUGACUCGUAUUCGUGCGCGGCUUCUAAGGUGCUCCGGGACGAAAAACUUGGAAGGCCUUCAGUUGCCGCUGGGGAGACCUGGGAUUCCACGGCCAAGUAGUAGAGGAUUGCUUGACGCCGUUGGUGGCCUGAAGUUCCUACCAGGAAUGUUGGAUCGUCGUCCUUUGAGGUAUACGCCGAAACAGAACACGGUCCUUGACGGCGACCGCUGCAAACUUGCAGAACGCAUGAAAGGACCGCUCAUGGAGUUGUCCCCUGCUUCAGUUUCAGGCAUUCCUGAGUGUCAUCUGGGGGAUCUUCUGAAAGCAAUCUGUUUGGAUUUGCAAUGUCGGCAGAGGCCCAAGAGUGCAACGACAGCCAUAGGCAAUCAAAUUGCACCCUCACUUGUUCGAAGAGUGAUUGGAGCAAGAUUUCUGGGUGUCUCCUAUUGCGAAGCGCAGGCCAUCUGCAGUAAGUGUUUUCGGCCACUUUGUCAACGAAAGCACCAGACAAGCAAACGAGAUGGCCACAAAUCCAGGCAGACAAAGAGCAAGCAAAAGGGCUGGGGCGACGAUCAGAGCAAGCAAACCUUUUGGCAUCAUCCUCUUCCGCCGCCUGGGGCAAACGGAAGCAACAACAAGAAUCCCACAUCGAAAGGUCCUCGGAAGACAUCGCCUGAUGCGCCCUCCAAGCCUCUCACGGCCAAGGAAGCAUCAACACUAGCUUGUCCCAGCGGAUGUUCAACAUCACAGUGCUAUGGGGAAAUCAAAUGGGAAUGUAGCGGCACUUUAGACGACGGCACGGGCCAAGCCAAGCUAUUUGCUGAACGAGAUGCCGCGAAAAUGCUACUUGCCAUGGAUCCUGUGACGGUUGCAAUGAUUGAAGAGGGGGUGUGGAAGAGCUCAACUGGUUCCGUUAGCUUCUCCAAGACAGUCCCUCCUCCGUCUCACCUAGCCAAGGCAGUAGAUGGUGCCAAUUUCAUGUUCAACGCUCGGGAAAAGGAGCGCAAGGAGUAUCAGAAACGACAAAGGGCUAGCAGGAAAUCAUCUGCAGCAACCAGCGAACGGAACGAGAUACUUCAAUUGCUGGAUCCAGUGGACCGAUCAUCGUACUUGAUGUUUCAAGAAUGCCGCAAACCAAGGCAAGUUUGUGAGAUGGAUAUCCUAGUUCGCUGCAAGCCGCUGGCGGACACUGCUGUGCACUUGAAUCAUACGGAGAUUGACGUGAUUUCUCCUGGAAAGCACAAGGGUUCCUGUUCUACCCAUUCUGGGACGACCUAUUCGUUAUUGCCAUUGAAGCUGAAUUUGGUGGAUUGCUGCCUUCCCUCGGGACGUGAUUCUAAUGAUGUUGUCGAAUCGACCUGGGCCAUGGUAAGAUCUUCUUUGUAA